AUGGCGAAGCUCAAGGCCACUUGGAGUCAGCUCAUUCAGAGCACACGCCUCCAGCGCUCCUCUCAAUGCUUCUCUGUACUGGGUUCCCAAGGGAUCAUCUUUGGCGGAGAAGUGAUCCCUCGCCAGCCCGUCGACAACCGACUGGACGUCAUAAGCCUGGGCACAUCUCGAGGCUCAACCGAGGCCUCAACGCUCGAUGCUCCGCCAGAAGCCCCGACCCCACGCGUCGGCUCGGCCAGCGCCGUCAUCAAAGACUCGCUGUACUUGUUCUCAGGCCGCGGCGGCAUCGCGAUGGCACCCGUGGAGGAGAACGGCGCCGUCUGGCGCUACACGCCGUCCCAGUCGGCCUGGAAGCGCUUGGAGCCAGCGGACCCGGAGAAGCCCUUCCCUGCUGGCCGCAGCUAUCACGCCAUGGCCUCGGACGGGUGCGAUCUCCUCUUCGUUCACGCAGGCUGCCCUGAGAAGGGCCGCAUGCAAGACCUCUGGUCUUUCAGGCUCAGCUCGCAGACAUGGAGGGGGCUUGCUGCGGCGCCGGGGCCGUCGAGGGGCGGGGCCAGCUUAGCAUACUUGGGCGGGAAGCUGUACCGGAUGAAUGGGUUUGAUGGUACGACCGAGCAGGGCGGAUCGGUCGAUAUGUAUGAUCUCGCCACGGAUGACUGGUCCUCUGUUGCAUUCAGACCCGACGGGAAGGAUGGACCUGGACCAAGAAGUGUGUCUGCGCUUGUGGCCGCUUCAGUCAGCGGGAAGCAUUAUCUUGUCACCAUGUUUGGAGAGUGUGAUCCUAGCUCGCUCGGUCAUGGUGGUGCUGGGAAGAUGCGCUCGGAUGUGUGGGCUUUCGAUGUCAAUGAGCAAUACUGGCUGGAAGUCGAAACGACUGGGGACGGCCCUGCUGCAAGGGGUUGGUUCGAUGCUGACGUGUUCAGAGGAGAUGAGCAGGAUGCUAUUGUCGUCCACGGUGGUCUCGCGGAGGACAACUCACGGCUGGGUGACAUCUGGAGGCUGGACUUUAUAUGA